ACGCCUCCCUCACGUCAGAAAAACAGACGAGUCGAAAGCUCAACCUCGGUUUCUUGUUCGAUUUGGCCUUCAGUCGGCAGCCGCGAUGGUGUGCGGUGGUUUCACGUGUUCCAAAAACGCGCUUUGCUCCUUGAACGUGGUCUACAUGCGAAUCAAGUGAAAUCUCACGUGGACGAACGGGGGCGCGAGUAAGUUGUCCCCCUCGUGUGACGUACAGCUGGUGGGCCUGCUGCUGAUCGGCGUGGCGGCGUGGGGGAAGGGUUUCGGCUUGGUGUCCAGCAUCCACGUCAUCGGCGGCGUGAUCGCCGUGGGCGUCUUCCUCUUGCUCAUCGCCGCGGUGGGCCUCGUCGGAGCCGUCCGCCACCACCAAGUCGUGCUUUUCUUCGUAUCCUUUCUCCACGUCGCUCGGCGCAUUGAAAGGCACGUGAAUGUUUCUUUGACGUCUGGCCUCCCAGUACAUGGUCAUUCUUUUCAUCGUCUUCCUCUUUCAAUUCGGAGUGUCCUGCUCCUGCCUGGCGAUGAACCGCGGCCAGCAGGAAGGACUUCUGAACUCUGCGUGGGGAAUGCUGGAAAAUAAGACCAAGACCGACUUGGAGAGUCAGCUCGACUGCUGCGGGCUGCUCAACGUCACCAGCCACCGAGCGCAGUUCGAGCAGGAUCUGCAGAACUGUCCCGCCUUAUGCAAGAAGAAUACUUCAUGCUACACCUGCGGGGAUAUGAUGCUGCACCAUGCCAGCGAGGCGCUCAAGAUCCUCGGAGGCGUCGGGCUCUUCUUCAGCUUCACGGAGAUUUUGGGAGUUUGGCUGGCAGUCCGCUACAGGAACCAGAAGGACCCGCGAGCGAACCCGAGCGCGUUCCUAUAGUCCGUCGCCGCCGCACUUCGUCCCCGUGCCGUUUUUGACACACCGGUACACGACGCGGAACGGACCGGCCCACACGAGAACGCACCCCACGCCUUCUUCGUUCGAGACCGGCCCCGCGGGCGCUCGCGCACGACGGGAUGACUCGUAAUACCGGUGAGGCCGACUCGCCCGUAUUGCGACCCAGCCUCCGUUUGAUGGCCCGACUUCUAGCCGUCGCCGCCCAUCCCGGCAAGUGAGAAGCAUCUCACAAAUUUGCCCACGUGGGCCCGGAAAUGUUCUCAUGCACAGCAAAGGCGUCGUCCGCGACGGGGAGAAGAAGUGCCCACCGGAUGUGUGGAGCAAAAGUCACAAACGGCUCGGACUUAGCAAGGGGACGAGGGGAAUUCUCUUAAACCAAAAAUGUUUUUUUUUUGUUUUUUUCAAAAAAAGCAAUAGAUGAGCACUUCAAACUCCUAAAAUCCUCCAGACAAUUGAUGAAUGAAGUACAUGGAACUAUUCUACUGCCCACAUUCUCACCAAUAACGUUCCAUUUGUGCUACAGGUGCAACAAUAGUCAAUUAAUUUGACCAUCGAUUAGUAUGUUUGGUCUUUGAUUUAUCCUCUAUAGGGUUGCAACUAACCAUUAUUUUAAUCAUUUAAUCUGUCAAUUAUUUUUUGGAUGAAUCUGAGAAAAGAAAACUUAAUUUCCAUCUCUUUAUUCAAAAACAGGACGUUAUUUCAAACUGACAUUGAAGUAAUACAAUUGGCAAAAAUGUUGAUCAGUAAUAUUUCCAGAUUUCCCUCAUCCUCCGUCAAAGCAGACUGAUUGAAUAUCUUUGUUUUUAAUCAAAAUAAGGCAUUUGCGAACAUCGACUUUCACGUUGGAAAACAGUGGUCAACAUUUUUGCAAAUUUUCUGACUGAACUGAAUAAUAAUAAUCUUUUUGUUUAACCAGGGAAGGUAGUUGCAAACAAUUUCUCAUUUACAAUGCUGAAUCAUAAUCAAUGAGUGCAUUUAAUUUAAAAAAAAUAUAUUUUUUUUUUAAAUAAAGGGAUGGAAAUUAGCUUUUCUAUCCAAUUUGAUUUUUUAAUUGCUCAUUAAAAUCAUGGUUAUCUGCAGGCUUGCUAUUCAGGUUUAGUUUUUCGGGGAAGUGACACCGUUUGAAAAGUCACGGUCAUUUUGACGUGUCCUGCAAGCUUAUUGGUGGAAGUGAACUGAAACAUGUCAGCAAAUCAGAGAAGGGCUUCCCUGAGUAGCAGACAAAACCAAAGGGUCCAGGAGCCAAUGGUCAAGUAUGUACUAGGUUUUGCUGAAUUGAAGGCUUUUUUUUUUUUUUUUCCCCCCAGAUUUUUUUGGAAUAGGCAAAAACGUUUCUUCUGGCUCUAAAAACUCAGUUUCUCCUAAACCAGUCGUGCAAUUCUCAAAAUUCAGGUUAAAGUGGCCUCGCCAGCCGGACUCUGCAUUUUGGCAGACUGUCAUUUUCUUGUCACGUUGCUCCUGGACUAGAGUUUCGAUAAAGUAGUCACUAGUCAAUGGCGUUGGAAUAAUUCUGAGCUAUAACUGAGCCAGCUGUCACAAGUUUGAGCGCCAGCGGACUGCAGACCUGAUGUACGUAAAACUGAUCUUCCGUGUAGUUGUUCCUUUAGUGUUGCACACACUGCGAUGUUGCGUCCUGUCAGGUACGUAGAUUUGCCUCUUGUUUAAGUGGAAGAAAUAGCGACAAUAUAUCCAACAAAAACUGCACAUUUUGCGUCACAGACCCACUUUUUCUUUAUUUUUUUUAGUGUGUGUUGUGAAGUGUGUUUUGGCCUCGGUUGCAGUUCUUUUUAAUCUUGUCAAUAAUUGCCCUGACUCUUUUCCAUUCAUCAGUGUUAAAUGCUUUGUACAAAUGGGUCCCUUUUAAGUUAUCUUUGCAAUUUCCUGCUAAUUUACUGACGUCGCGUCCUAGCUUUUAACUUAUAAUGAGCGUCCACUUGAAUUUUGUGUCUUACUUGAACUUGCCAGCUUACAGCCAGUGCACAUUUUGCUGCUGCGGCGGGCCCAAACCUUUCGCAGACGCGUUGCCAGAUACUGUUCUGCUCAAUAUUUACACCACAACAUUCAUUUGUGUGCACCUCUGCUUGAAAUGUAUUUUCCCCUUCAUUUGGGGACCUAAUUUUACAAAUAAUAAAACCUGAAAUUGGACCAUA